GUAUGAAUAUCGUCAACGGUUCCAGAAACUCCAACUUAGUUGCGACCGUUUGUUUGUAAACUUCAACAUUAAUAGUGAUUUGAUUUGGUUGCACAAAUUUUAUUUUUGAGAUAUAUUUAAACAAAAUAUAGAUUAUAACUUCCAUUGUAUUUAGUGUCUGUUUCUAUAGUAAUAAUGUCAAAAUAUAUUUCAGAUACGAAAACACUGCUUUUUAUAGGUAAAUGGAAUACAAACAAAAAUAAAUAAAAUGUCUGAGCAUCAAGAUAUUAUAUUAGAAGAUACGAGAGUUUCAGAAAAUGAGGAUUUUGAAAAAAUAAAUAAACUAUACAAUUCUACAUGUACUAAAAAGUACGCAAAAGUUCUAGAUUGGAAAAACGAAUUGUUCUGGAAAGAUUUACCUAAUCCGAAAAAUAAUAGUUUUAAUAAAAAAAUUAAAGCUUCAAAAUCUGAAUAUGUCUCUAUACAAACUUUGGAUUCAUUAUUUGGAGAUGUAUUGCCAAAACUUUUAGACAAUAAACCAACAACAAUGAAAUUAAAUGAUGAAACGAAAUAUUUAUUACAAAAAUAUUUUAAUAUAUGGAAAAAUGCGGUAUUAUUGAAACGAGACCUCGUUAAAGAAAGAGAAAAUGAGCAAAAUCAACAAUUGAAGUUAGAAGCAUUAAUAAAGAAAUUGAAGAAGCGAAAUAGAAAAAAUGAAAAAUUGAAAAAACUAGAAGAUUCCAAAUCUGACGAAAGUUUUCUCGAAAAACCCAAACAUAUUUUUAAAGAAACUUCCACUAUUUACAAAAAUAGGUACGACGCACAAAAAACUAUCAUUCAAAUGCAAAAGGCCAAACUUGAAGAACAAAGUAAAAUAAUACAAGAUUUGAAAGUAGGUAUAAUCAGUGACGAUCUACUUAAAUCUAUAGAAAAUACAAAAACUAAUAUUCGCGAAAUAUUUGGUAAUUGUUCCACAAAAAUCAAAUACAAAAUUCCUUUGAUCCUAUCAGACGAAUCAAGAUUUUUAGUAAAUUCACAUAGAGUCCCGAAAAUUGUUCAAAAACUAGAGCACAGAGCUUUAGAACGAGCUCAAAAUCGCGAAAUGAUUUUAGAAAGGAAGCGAAUAAUUGAAGAAGCCCGACAAAAAAUGUUACAAGAAGCAAUUGAGAAGAAAAGAGUACUAGAAGAAGAAGAAAAGAGAAGAAGUUUGGAGUUGAUGAAAGAGAGACGACAAAAAGAGCUGGAAGCCGAAAAGAUUAGACAAGCAAAUAAACAAAAAUACAUGGAAAAAUUGAACAAAGCUGUUGGUUUCCACAAUAAACUGUUACUCAAACAAAAUUUGAGGAAACUUUUUAAAAACAUUCUAAUUGCUAGAAAGAAUAAUUUCGUUGCGGUGGAACAUUAUCAACAUAAAACUAUGAAAAAAUGUUUCGAUAAUUGGCAAAUUUUGGUAGAGAGUACUUACAAAUUAAAAUAUCAAAAGGCCGAUGCGCAUUUUGAGUAUGUACUGUUGAGGACAAGCUUGAAAAUCUGGCAGAAGGUACGCUUUGAAAGUAUAAGAAAUAUGCAAGUAGCUGAAGAUUUUUUCGAUUUUCGUUUAACAAGUAACAUAUUUAUCCACUGGAAUCGUUACGUUUGUAUUCAGUACAUGAGAGAGCAUAAAAAUUUGAAAAUAGCCGAGACUCAUUUUAAAAGACGGUUGUUAUUCCAUUACUUCUACCUCUGGAGAUCCUUGAAGACUGUUAAUGAGCUUGAAAAAGCUAAAGAACUGAAAAAAGCGAAAUGGCGUUCAAAAGUAUGGGAGAUACUACCAGAUUAUAAACCUCCAGAAGAUUUUUAA